AUGCAAUUCCAGUGUGGCGGAACCCAGUCAACAAACAUACCGACGGAGAAGAGGAAGGGACAAUUAUUUUUUGAUCAGUGUUUUUUUUUUUUUGCUAUUACUUGCUAACGUCAGUUUUUUUAACUAAGUGUACUGAUGAAAAGUUAAAGUUUAUUAUCUCGAGCCAGGAAUUUCGCUACAGGUUUGAAGUUUUUAUCGAGAGUUUUGAAAUUGAACAAAUGCCGGUGCGGAAGAAUGAUUUCCCAGGUGUUUAUCUUGUCAUCCAAGGGCGAUCACCUCAUCUAUAAAGACUUCCGUGGCGAGGCGGCCAGUGACGUCAUCAAUGUAUUCUACGAGAUGGUGACGUCCUUGCGUGGAGACCAGGCUCCAGUUGUUAUGAGUCAUGAUGGACUGCAUUUCAUCCACAUCAGGCAGGGGGGGCUUUACUGUGUUGCCACAACAUCCACCAACCCCUCCCCGUUCACCAUCAUUGAGUUCCUUAACAGAUUUGCAGGUCUCAUUAAGGACUAUUGCGGCAGUCUCUCGGAGAAAUCCGUCAAGAUGAACUUUGCCCUCAUUUACGAGAUGCUGGAUGAGAUGCUGGACUAUGGCUACAUCCAGACCACUUCCACUGACAUCCUGAAGAACUUCAUCCAGACAGAGGCUGUGAGCUCCAAGCCUGUCAGUCUCUUUGACCUCAGCAACGUUGGGCUGUUUGGCGCAGACACGCAGCAGAGCAAAGUGGCCCCCAGCACCGCUGCCAGCCGCCCCCUCAUGUGCAGCCGGGACCAGGGGGGGAAGAACGAGGUCUUUGUUGACGUCAUCGAGAGGCUGACCGUCGUCAUUGGCUCCAACGGCGUUCUGAUGAAGGCUGAGAUUCAGGGGGAGAUCAGGGUCAAGUGUUACCUGCCCACCUGCUCAGAGAUGAGAAUUGGGUUGAAUGAGGAGUUCAGCAUUGGGAAGUCCCAGCUUAGAGGUUAUGGAGCAGCAGUGAGGGUGGAUGAGUGUAGUUUUCAUCAUGCUGUAAAGCUGGAGGAGUUUGACAGCUACAGGAUCCUGAGAAUUUGUCCCAGCCAAGGAGAGCAGACGGUGAUGCAGUAUCAGCUCUGUGACGACCUACCCUCAGCCCCGCCCUUCCGGCUCUUCCCCACAGUGGAGAGGGACAACAGUGGCAGGUUGUUAAUAUACUUAAAGCUCAGGUGUGAUCUGCCUCCAAAGAGUGCUGCUCUGAGUGUGUCUGUCACAGUGCCGGUGCCCAAAGGCUCAUUAAGUUUGUCUCAGGAGUUGAGCAGUCCGGAUCAGACAGCUGAGCUGCAGGCCAGCAGUAAGGCUGUGUUCUGGGAGAUACCACGUUUCCCUGGGGGGGCCCAGCUUUCCGCUCUCUUCAAACUGGAGGUUCCUGGCCUAAGCUCCGCCUCCCUGAUGGAAGUGGGUCCGGUCAGCCUGAGCUUUGAGCUGCCGAAGCACACUUGUACUGGGCUGCAGAUCCGAUUCCUCCGCCUGUCCCCGGCCCAGCCCGGUCCGCCCCAGCGCUGGGUCCGCUACGUCACGCACUCCGACUCGUACACCAUCCGAAUCUGAGUCUGACACCACCCGAUUCUGAGUCUGACACCAUCCGCAUCUGAGUCUGACACCAUCCGAUUCUGAGUCUGACACCACCCGCAUCUGAUGCACUGACACACACACACACACGUGCACAUGUCCAGAGAACACCACAACUGUCCCUCACGCCAAUCCCGGACAGUGGCCAUGUUCUGUCCUCUCCAAACAGAGCUGCUUGUCCAGCCUCCUGGCUGUCACCCACACACACGCACUCACACACACGCACUCGCACACACGCACUCACACACGCACACACGCACUCACACACGCACACACGCACACACGCACUCACACACGCACACACGCACUCACACACACGCACUCGCACACACGCACUCACACACGCACACACGCACUCACACACGCACACACUCACACACGCACUCACACACACGCACUCGCACACACGCACUCGCACACACGCACUCACGCACACGCACAUGCACACACGCACUCACACACGCACAUGCACACACGCACUCACACACGCACACACGCACACACGCACUCACACACGCACAUGCACACACGCACUACACACACGCACACACGCACUCACACACACACGCACACGCACUCACACACACGCACACGCACACACGCACUCACACACGCACAUGCACACACGCACACACGCACUCACACACACGCACAUGCACACACGCACUCACACACACGCACUCACACACACGCACUCGCACACACGCACUCACACACGCACACACGCACACACGCACUCACACACACGCACAUGCACACACGCACUCACACACGCACACACGCACUCACACGCACACGCACUCACACACACGCACAUGCACACACGCACACACGCACUCACACACGCACAUGCACACACGCACACACGCACUCACACACACGCACAUGCACACACGCACUCACACACACACUGCACACACACACACACGCACAUGCACACACGCACACACGCACUCACACACACGCACUCACACACACGCACGCACAUGCACACACGCACUCACACACACACGCACAUGCGCACACACGCACACACGCACUCACACACACACGCGCACUCACACGCACAUGCACACACACACACACGCACACGCACAUGCACACACACACACACACUCACACACGCACGCACACAUGCACAACGGAGCUGUUUUUUCCAACCUCCUGAUAGUCACACACACUCCUACACGCACACUCACACACACGCACACUCACACACACUCGCACACACACACACACUCCCACACGCACACUCACACACACACACUCACACACACACACACACAUGCACAACGGUGCUGUUGGUCCAGCCUCCGGGCAGUCUGGUUGUGCAUCUUGUCAUGCACUUUGAGUGAAUGCAUUCAGCAAAUGGAUUUAGCAUUUAUUUAUUUAAUAAAUAUUGUAUAAACUGAGUGUUACUUACAUUUGUAAAUAUUUACAUACACGUAUGUUGAGCCUUUGAUGUUUUUUUGACCGGCACAAUGAGAAUGAUGAUGAGAGAAUAUACAGAAAACUGCCCCAAUAAAUCAAUAGUAGUAUCGAAAGGAAA